AUAUUCCUCCGGACAGCAGACACCUACCAUUCCCAUUCAACCCAAUAAGCGUUUCUCUUAUUUAUACCCAUCUUCCUAAUCACAGUCCAAUUCAUACCCUCUUUCAAUCUAAUUCCGGUUGUUCAAAUGGGGUACUGUCCCUGUUCAGAGAUGUUGCAGAAAACAGUGGAAAUGCUUUGUGGAAAGGUCCGAAACAAGUCCAUAGAAAACAAGAACAGUGAGACUAAGAAGAUCAAAGGGACAGUAAAUUUGAUGAAGAAGAAUGUUUUGGACUUGAAUGAUUGGGGUGCCUCUCUUCUUGAUCGGAUGUAUGAACUCGUUGGGAAAGGUGUCUCAAUUCAACUCAUCAGUGCUGUUCAUGGCGACCCUGCAAAUGGGUUAAGAGGAAAGCUUGGAAAAGCAGUAUCUUUGGGAAAAUGGAUUUCAACCCCUCUGGCUGUAUCGGCUGGAGAUGCUACACUCAACAUUCUAUUUGAAUGGGACGAGUCCAUGGGUGUUCCUGGUGCUUUCGUUAUAAAAAAUCACCAUCACAGUCAGUUCUACCUCAAGACAGUAACCUUAGAAGACGUUCCUGGACACAGUCAAAUCCAUUUCAUUUGUAAUUCUUGGGUUUAUCCAGCUCAUCGUUACAACUACAAUCGGGUCUUCUUUGCAAACAAGACCUACAUACCAUGUAACACUCCAGAACCACUACGCAAGUAUAGGGAAGAAGAACUCAAUAACCUUCGUGGAAAUGGAUCUGGCAUGCUCAAGGAGUGGGACAGAGUAUAUGACUAUGCAUACUACAAUGAUUUGGGAAGACCAGACAAGGGACCAGAAUAUGCACGUCCUGUGAUUGGUGGAUCUAAGGAGUUCCCAUACCCCAGACGAGGAAGAACAGGUCGCCCACCAACGAAAAAAGAUCCCAACACUGAAAGCAGAUUGCCACUUCUGAAUUUAGACAUUUAUGUUCCACGAGAUGAACGGUUUAGUCAUGUGAAGUUUUCAGAUUUCCUUGCCUAUGCUUUGAAAUCUCUAGGGCAGAUAUUGAUUCCAGCAAUUACUUCAUUUAACCAGCCUCUUAAUGAGUUUGACAGUUUCCAAGAUGUACUUAAGCUCUAUGAAGGUGGGGUUAAGCUACCAGAUGGGCAGUCACUAACUAAACUCAGGGAAUGCGUCCCAUGGGAGAUGCUCAAGGAACUCCUUCGUAAUGAUGGUGAGCAAUUAUUCAAACUCCCGAUGCCCGAUGUAAUCAAAGAGGAUAAGUCUGCCUGGAGGACAGAUGAAGAAUUUGGGAGGGAAAUGCUCGCUGGAAUAAACCCUGUUGUCAUCCGUCGCCUCCAGGAGUUUCCACCUGCUAGCAAGCUAGAUCCUGAAGUAUACGGCAAUCAAAUCAGUACAAUCAAAAGGCAGCAUAUUGAGAAGAAUAUGAAUGGCUUAACUGUAGAUGAAGCACUUAGGAAUAAAAAGCUCUUCAUAUUAGAUCAUCAUGAUGCACUUACGCCAUACCUGCGACGCAUCAACACGACUACCACGAAGACCUAUGCCACUCGAACACUUCUCUUACUCCAGAAUGACGGGACAUUGAAGCCACUGGCAAUUGAGUUGAGCUUACCACAUCCAGAAGGAGACAAAAAUGGUGCCACCAGCCAAGUCUUCACUCCAGCAGAGCAUGGAGUUGAUGGAUCAUUGUGGCAGCUAGCCAAAGCUUAUGCUGCUGUUAAUGAUUCUGGCUAUCAUCAGCUCAUUAGCCACUGGUUAAACACUCAUGCAGUAAUAGAGCCAUUUGUGAUUGCAACAAACAGACAAUUAAGUGUCCUUCACCCAAUACAUAAGCUUCUUCACCCUCAUUUCCGUGAUACAAUGAAUAUAAAUGCCUUGGCUCGGCAUAUCCUCAUCAAUGCAGGUGGGGUACUUGAGAUAACAGUCUUCCCUGCUAAAUUUGCCAUGGAAAUGUCUGCUGUUAUUUAUAAGAGCUGGGUUUUCACAGAUCAAGCGCUUCCUACUGAUCUGCUCAAAAGAGGAAUGGCAGUUCCAGACUCAAGUAAGCCGCAUGGCCUCAAACUUCUUAUAGAGGAUUAUCCCUAUGCAGUUGAUGGGCUUGAAAUCUGGUCUGCAAUCAAAACCUGGGUCAGAGAAUAUUGCUCUUUCUAUUACCCUACAGAUGUCAUGAUCCAAGAUGAUUCUGAACUCCAAUCAUGGUGGACAGAGCUCCGCAAUGUGGGCCAUGGUGACAAGAAAGAUGAGUCAUGGUGGCCUGAGAUGCAGACACGAGAUGAACUCAUCCAAACCUGCACCAUUAUCAUAUGGGUGGCUUCUGCUCUACAUGCUGCUGUCAAUUUCGGGCAGUAUCCUUAUGCUGGCUACCUUCCAAACCGCCCAACCAUAAGCCGUCGCUUCAUGCCUGAGCCAGGCACUCCUGAGUAUGCUGAGCUUGAGUCAAAUCCUGAGGGGGCCUUACUGAAAACAAUCACAAGCCAGCUCCAAACCCUGCUUGGUGUGUCUCUUAUAGAAGUUUUGUCCCGUCAUUCUUCCGAAGAGGUUUAUCUUGGGCAGAGAGACACUGCUGAAUGGACUUCUGAUGCUGAACCACGGGAGGCAUUUGAAAGAUUUGGAAGAAAUUUGGUAGAAAUCGAAAACAGAAUAAUGGAUAGAAAUAAUGACAAGAGAUGGAAGAACCGAGUUGGGCCUGUCAAAGUGCCUUACACAUUGCUCUAUCCUAACACAACGGAUAACAGUAAAGUCGGCGGACUUACUGGGAAGGGAAUUCCCAACAGUGUCUCAAUGUAAAGGUGUAAAAAGUAAAUUGUUAGAGAGGGUAUAUGUAGCCAUGAUAAUUUUAGAGUGUUGUACUAUUCAAGCAAAAGACUACCAACUAGUUUAUUGUAUACUCCACUUUUUUUCUAUCUGUAUCCCAAUUAGAGGCAAACAUAGAUGCAAAUUCUCAAGACAUUUUAUUUAAGUGG